CUCGAGCGCGCACGCUGCCCUCGCCGGCAGCGUGCCGGAGACGCGCUGCCUCGCCGGCAGCGUGCCAGGAGGCGCGCUGCCUCGCCGGCGGCGCGCCCCGAGAUGAUCUAGACUCUGACUCGGAGGAGGGCCCGCACAGGCCCGCCGCCCGCGCGGGGCCAUGGGCGGGCAGCACUCCCGGCCCGCCGCAGCGCGGCCCGCCUGUGGCGCGGGGCCUGGCCCCGCCGUCCCCGGGCCAGCCGCGGGCCCGGCCGAGGGCCUGGGCGAGGAUUUCGGGGACCAGCUGGAGGUGGUGCUGGUCCGCCAGGGCUGCGAGGCGUGGGGCAUCUCCUGGAACGUGGAUGCGGACGACGCGCACCGCCUCGUCGUCGCCGGCGUGAGCCCCGGCUCCGCCGUCGGCCGCUGGAGAACGCCGCCCGCCGCGGGUGCGGGCUGCGCUGCGUGGGCCGCGGGGACGAGCUGCUGGCCGUCAGUCGGGCGCAGAGGCAGGAGCGCGGCCCCGAGGAGAGGUGCGGCUCGUCUUCCGCUGCGCGGGCGCCGCGCGCCCCGGGGACGCGCCGGCCGCGAGGGCGGCGGAGGCCUCGACGGCCGUGGCUCCGCCGCGGCGGCCCCACCCCGCUGCGGACGCGGCGUACAGGCCAGCCGCCGUCGCUCCGGCCCCGAAGCAACUCCUGGUGCUGAGGCCAGUCCGCGUCAAGAACACGUUCGUGCACGUCAGCGACGACAGCGACGGGCCGAGCGACAAGAGCACCGAGGGCUCCCCGGAGGAGAGGACCACCCAGUCGGACCCGUUCCCGGCGUCGCAGCUCUCGAGGGCGGGCCAGCGGCCGUCGCACGCGGCGGUGCCCGCGCCGGGCCUCGACCUGCUCCCCCAGAUCGCCCGCAUGGCCGCGGAGAGGCGGGAGGAGAGGCGGGGGCCGACUCCCCGUGGACGUCCGACUACGGCUCCGCCCGCUCCGCCCCGUCCGCGGACGACGACGGCUCGGUCGCGCUCGCGGCGGGCUCCGCGGCCCCGUCGUGCCCGUCCACGGACUGGGAGUUCGGGGUGCGCGCCCGCCCCGCGGCGCACCGCGCGGGGCACCCGGCGGCGGCCUUCCCCGCGGCGUGCCCGGCGGGGCACCCGGCGGCGCACGCGGCGGCGUACCCCGAGGGGCUGCAGCCUGCCGCCGCCCGCCUGGGGAGCUCUGUGGAGGACCCGGUGGAGGACUCGGACGACAUCUUCCAGACGUCGGAGGACGACUCGGCGGGCGACGUGGCGGUCGGCGGCGCGCGCUGGGGCCGAGGCGGCGGUGCGGGCAGGACUGAUGGACGCGCUGAAGGCGAUGGAGUCCGACCGCUGCCGCGACCUCCUGCAGCCGGCGGAUGCUCCAUGGGCGCUGUCCAAGGAGGCGGAGCCGGGUGGGACACCGACGAGAGCACCACGGUGGCCAACUCCAGCCUCGCGCAGCGGCGGACGCGGCGCGCCGGCAAGCGCGCCCGACACCGGCCGUGCCACAUGCGGGGCAAGGAGGCGGCCGCGGCGGAGCCUGGCGCGGGCGACGCCGAGGGCUGCGGCGAGCAGGAGAGGCCGCAGGGGCCCCGCCGCCGCCCGCGGCGCCAGUGGCGGGCGGCGCCGAGGGCGGCGCUGAGGGCUGCGGCGGGCGGGAG